AUGAAAUCGGUUGUGGCUCUGCUGUGUCUGGUGGCUCUCGCAGCCGCUGCACCACGCUCGGUGCAAACCAAGUAUGGCUUCCCCAGUGGACGCGUCGUUGGAGGAAUAGAUGCACUGCCGGGCGAGUUCCCGUCGAUUGUGUCGAUCCAGCGUGUGAUCCUCGUCAUAUCCGCCCACGUGUGCGGUGGUAGCAUCCUGAGCAACUUCUGGGUCCUGACCGCUGCUCACUGCAUCACCGAAAACCCAGCUACGGCUACCUUCCAGAUCUGGGCCGGUGCGCACGAUACUUCCGUCGACGAGCCCAGCCGUCAGAUUAUCGGCGUUGCCAGCAGCACCGUACAUCCGGACUACCUGGGAGGCGUUAACCCGACCGAUAUCGCUGUUAUGCGUCUGGCUUCUCCACUUACCUACACGGAUCGUAUUCAACCGAUCGUCCUGCCCGUCCCUGGUAGCACUCCGACUGGUCCAGCGACCCUUGCUGGAUGGGGCUCCACCGGUGGUACCCUGCCGACCCUGCCCAACAUCCUGCAGAAGGUUACGAAGCCACUGAUCACCUACGCUGAAUGCGAAGCCGCCGCCGGCAUUGACUCUCCGCUCGGACCGACCAACAUCUGCACCGGCCCGCUGACCGGUGGAGUGUCUGCCUGCUCCGGAGAUUCUGGUGGCCCACUGUACACGAUCCAGGGCGGACAGCAGGUACAGGUCGGUAUCGUGUCGUGGGGAUGGAUCCCGUGCGGUACGGUCGGUUUCCCGUCGGUCUACGUCGGUCUGUCGCACUAUCUCGACUGGGUCCAGGACAACACCAACUAA